UGAGGCAAGAAGGUUUCCGAGUGCUGCGUGAGGCAGGGUGUAGGUGGAGUGAGGCCAGCUCCUGGGAGAUGUGGUGGGAGCCAGGUCCUCGCUUUUAUCAGAAAAUCCUUGACCUGUGAGUGGACCUUUCUGAAAGCAGGAACUGUACUCGGCCCUUUGGGGUUCAACUGGCUUCCAUUCCUGUGAAGAAGCAAGUACCUCCGUGUUUAAUUCCCAAUGCAGUUUUGAUUCAGAUUUAUUGUUUGAAUUUCUGAAGAUGUCAUCAGGCCUUACAGAGGAACAAAAGAGAAGAAUUGAAGAGAACCGCCAGAAGGCUUUGGCUAGGAGAGCAGAGAGACUAGCAGCCCAGAGAGGUGGGCAAGUGGAGAGCGCUGGCCCUCAGGUGAAAGAACAGAGUCCAGGCCAUCGGGGAGACUUGAAGGAAGAAAACAAUCAUGUCAGGUUCAUUAGCCAGCAGCAGCAGAAUCCAAACAGUCCUGUGGAGCAGAAGAGCUAUCUUCAGAAAGAUUAUAAUCAUUACGCUGCAAACCAACAGAUGGUUGGCUCACAUGGAGAGCAACAAAAGAAUUGUUCAGAGGACUCUGGACAAGCAAGUGGCAUUAAGCAGUUCCCUACAACGAUCCCAAAUUCUCUGAGUUAUUCCCAUAAACAUUACUUGAAUGCUGCUGGUCAGAAACACGGACAACAAGCUUUAAUUAAUCUUGGUACAUUCCAGCAGCCCAAAUGCUACCCAGCUUUCAAAAACCCUACAGAACCAUCUCAUCCUAGAUUAAUUGAUAACGGGUGCCCUGAUGGUAGUAAAGAUUUACAAAGUCAGAACAAAUCUGCCAUAAAAUAUGUUUCACCACCAAGCAGUGCCACCCCGAGUGAUUCAGAAAUGCUGAUAAACAUAAGCAGACCAACAGAAAGAGAAGGGGGAGGUGGUGCCUCUCAGGCCAGUGGUAGGAUGCACAAGCUGACCAGCUCUGCUGGUGCAGGCUCUGCCUUUGAAGCUGCUUCUUGCAAGAAAGCAAAUAGUGUUACAAAAGGAAAAUGUGUGAAAUAUGGGGAAGACCGAUUCCAGGUCGAAACAGGGUAUAAUGCUGAACUCAUUGCUGUGUUUAAGAAGAUACCAAGCAAAAGCUAUGAUCCCGCUAUUAAAAAAUGGAAUUUCAGUCUGGACGAUUACAGCAGUUUCAUGGAAGCAGCAAGUCAACUUCCAUCAGUAAUUGUGGCACCACUGGAAGGAGAAAGUGCAGUUGGCUUGGCAUCAGGCUCUCAUUUCAUUGGCAGUAGAGUUGAUGUGAAAUCCCUCUUGAUGAUGUGUAAGAACUGGAAGAAACCUUCAGCCCUUGUCAAAGGGAAGUGCGUGCUGAUCUCUCGCUUGCGGUUUGAGGUUGAUAUUGGGUAUUCUGCAGAAGUGAUUGGAGUGUUCAGACAGAUGGAUUCCAGAAAUUAUGAUAUGAACACCAGAAAGUGGAAUUUCCUGCUGGAGGACUAUCCCAAACUAAUGGAAGUGUUACAGAGCCUUGUGUCAGUAGAAGUGGAGCCACUGCCUGAGGCAGUAAUACAAACCUUUGCUGCUCAAAUACAGAGAUCUACAUCACAGAUAGAUGUUCCCGAUGCUGACCUUUCAGUAGUGGACUCCAAAAUUGUGACGAGCCUCAUGCCCUUUCAGCGGGAAGGUGUGAAUUUCGCAAUUUUAAGAAAUGGACGUUUACUUCUUGCGGAUGACAUGGGCUUGGGCAAGACCAUCCAGGCGAUCUGCAUUGCUGCGUAUUACCGAAAGGAAUGGCCCUUGCUGGUGGUGACUCCUUCUUCCGUGAGGUUUACAUGGGCAGAGGCAUUUCACAGGUGGCUUCCAUCCUUGAGUCCAGGUAGCACCAAUGUCAUAGUGACUGGCAAAGACAACCUAACAGCAAGCUUGAUCAACAUCAUCAGCUUUGACCUCCUCAGCAAGAUGGACAAGCAACUUAAGAGCACUUUCAAAGUAGUUAUUAUUGAUGAAUCUCAUUUCCUAAAGAACAUAAAAACUGCACGGUGCCGAGCUGCCAUGCCUCUGCUCAAGGCUGCCAGGAGAGUGAUCUUGCUUUCAGGAACCCCUGCUAUGUCGCGGCCUGCGGAGCUCUACACGCAGAUCAUGGCUGUCCAGCCAGCCUUCUUCUCACAGUUCCACUCAUUUGGGCUACGCUACUGCGAUGCCAGGAAGAUGCCGUGGGGUUGGGACUACUCUGGAUCAUCCAACUUAACUGAACUGAAAAUUUUGCUGGAAGAGUCCAUCAUGAUCCGACGUCUGAAAUCGGAUGUGCUUUCCCAGCUUCCAGCAAAGCAACGCAAAAUGGUUGUGGUGGCUCCUGAAGGCAUUAGUGCAAAGACCAAAGCUGUCUUGGCAGCUGAAGCAAAGAAGAUGGCCAAAGGAUAUGAAAGUAAACAACAGGAGAAGGAAGCUCUUCUCCUCUUCUACAACAGAACGGCAGAAGCUAAAAUCCACUCAGUUGUAGAAUACAUCCUGGAGUUACUGGAAAGUGGGAAUGAUAAAUUCCUGGUGUUUGCUCAUCACAAGAUAAUGCUGGAUGCAAUAGUUGGAGAGCUGGAGAAGAAACAUGUUGAAUACAUUCGCAUUGAUGGCUCCACACCUUCAGCCGAGCGGCAGUUUCUGUGCCAGAAGUUCCAGUUCUCAGAGAAGCAGGUUGUGGCCGUCCUGUCCCUUACUGCCGCAAACAUGGGCCUGACGUUGUCUGCUGCGGACCUGGUGGUGUUUGCAGAGCUCUUCUGGAACCCCGGGGUUUUGAUCCAAGCAGAAGAUCGGGCACAUCGAAUUGGACAGACCAGCUCUGUUAAUAUUCACUACCUGGUGGCUAAAGGCACAGCAGAUGACUAUUUAUGGCCAAUGAUUCAAGAGAAAAUCAAAGUGCUGGGGGAAGCUGGUCUUUCAGAAACCAAUUUCUCUAAAACAGCUGAAUCCACUAAUUACUGCCCUAAGCCAGAUCCAAAGCAGAAGACCAUCUAUGACCUUUUCCAGAGGACCUUCUCUGAGAGCAGAGGUGACACUGAUGAACUUUUGCUUUUGGAGGCAGCUGAUGCUUGCUGCGAGUUUGACUCUGGCAGUGCCUUGCAAGAUACAGAAGGAGAGACAUGUUCAAUGUAUCCUGUGAGUCAUCAUUAUGAUGAGGAUCUGAAAAGGGCAAAUAUAUUCCCAGGAGAUAUCAAAUGAGAUUUUGACUCAACAGAGGAAGAUAUAAAUAUUGUUGCCUAAAGCCCUGCUGAGCCCUCAUCUGGAACAGGGCUCUGGCCCACCAGCCCCUGGGAGGACCCGCUCAGACAGAAGGAGAGCUUCCAGGGGUGACUGGGGAACAGGGAGCGUGGCACGACAGAGGGAAUUAAAAAUAUGAGUGUUCAAACCCUCAGAGCAAGAGCCAAGAGGGCAUGUGGUGUCUGUCCGUGAGCAUCUCCAGAAGUACGGACCCCGGACAGGGAAAGGCUAACGUAGUGGCAGGGUAUGCUCUAGUUGUUAAUUCCCUAUUAAUUAAAUAGGCUGCAAAGGAAGAGGAGGGCUGUUGUGGGUCGAGGCAGCUGUGGUGGGUAUGGGGCUGUCACAGGAGGAAACGCACCUGCACAAAGAACGUGGGGACAGUUUCUCCAGGCGGGCUGGGCAGCCCCAGCUCCCUCCAGGCGGGGGGGGAUGAGGUGCAGCCAGCCCCGCGCAUUAAAUGGCUAACCAGAUUAAGUUUCUUAAUGGAGGUUAAUGGGUUGUCAAUGCCAUUACAAGCGUUGCAGCUCGGGCGGCAUCGGUGCACGUUUUGCUCGCCCAGGCUGGGUCCGAGUGGCGUGGGAGCCCGCCCGGGUCCCAGCCCCACGCUCUGGUGGUGGAGGUGGCUCGGGUGCCCCGGGCGUCUGGGGCAUCGUCUGGGUGUCGGGAGUCCACCUUGGUGGCGGCACACGGAGGCUUUUAUGGCUGGUUGUUUCAAGGCUGGAUGACCCCAAGGAAAUCGGGUAGAUGACAUGGUUGCACCUGGUCAGGUUAUCUUGAACCUCUGGGUUUAGGGCUGGUAUGUUUUAAGAUUAAAUCGAUGAGGAUGAAUUCUAUAUAUAUAGCCCUUCUGCAGCUCCAACCUGGGUUGCUGUUCCUUUUUUAAUUCUGACACCUACCUACUACUUAUUCUCUUUAAAAAUGAGGUAAGUGAACGUAACUGCUCCAAUCUUCUUUCCUGGUGUGACUUCCUUGGAUGGAAAUCCAGGAAUCUGGGCUCUUGUGCUGCAUCUCCCAUCAGCGCUGCUGAGGCUGACGUACCGCUUGGGUUUCACA